AUGCAGACAUCCCAGCUAGGCCCACUAGCUAGUGCCUCACCGGUUGACCGCGGCAAUUUGGUGGCUUGGGCUUGGACCCAUCUGCGAGCGACAAGUUUGACGGGUGCCAGGGCUCUCUUCUCCCGUCUUGCAGUAGCUUCAUGGGCAGGCCUACAUGGAGCCCCCAUCAUUGUGUUAGCUCCGGCAGGAAAGCCAUGUGUGGAGCUUGGAUUGGUGGAGGACUCCGUAUCUGGAAUUGUUCGCAGCUUGGUCAGUAGGUACAUGUAUCAAUAUGCAUCCUAUUGUCUCAACAUUUUGGAUAUCUUGAAAGAUCUGCCAUUUAUCAACCCAGAAAAGGAAUCAGCAGACUGUUUAACUUCUCUGUCACCGAUGGCGGAUAACCAGCGCCGUGGAAUCAUCUCACUAGGGAGCGAGGAAAUAGGAGCUUGGCUUUGGGCGGACGAUGCGUAUAAACUCUGGAGCAAGGAGACAAAGUCAGCAUUGCUCUGGAUACAAGGCAAGCCUGGCAGUGGAAAAUCGACCCUGUGUAAAAAGAUUCUCUGCUCACCAGCAGUCCCAAGGCUUCCGCCUGGUCGUCAACGUCACCGACAAGGCCCUCGACCUCAAGCCCUCCGUCCAGGGCCUGGAAGAAAAAUCACUCCAAAUGCUGAGCAUUAUGCUCUCUGGGCAGUCGCUCCACACCACCGCUUCAACGAUCCGAUUCGACGGCCGCGGGAAAUGAUGGUUGAGUCCGAGGCCAGGGUACUAAAGUUUGGUCGUAACCCCAGAUCCGGCAAGCUGGAUCUUCUGCCAAGGGGCUAA